AGGAUCCGCUUAAAUGACAAUCAGUCGCAAUUUUAUUAUCAAUAUUUCCACAAAAAAAGAUAUUUUAAUGUUUGCGCCACGGACAACAAUCUUGAGGUGCCAACGUAUCUAAUCAGUUUGGAACAGAUAAAUUCUUGACUUAUCAAUAGUCACGUAAAGUGUGUAUUCGCGCGUCAACCAUUGUACUCGGGACGUUAUUUGCCACACCUAAAAACCGCGUAAACGAUCACCGUUAGUUACUGUUUCGAAUAAUUCAAAGGAUAUUUCAGUGAAUUAAGUUAAUAAACGGAGGCGACACAAGACGACAGUGAGCGAAAAUGCGUCGCAGACGUAAAUAGUGAUGUGAUAAGUCCAUUUUAUCUUUGUUGACCACGUUUGCUCUACAUUCAUGUAAAAUAAAUCAGUGGAGUGACGAGGAGGCUUGAGAUCAUCGAGGGAUGGUGGCGCAGACAGUACGCGAUUGAGACGCGCGCACGACGCCUGCGCACCAGACUCCGCCAUGCACGCCGAUCCCGAGUCGCCCUGUUGUCGUGAGGAGACACAGCUGCUCCCCGACGAGUGGCUCAAAGUCAAGACGGUACCCACCAACGGGAACCUAUCGCCCGGAGUCUACUAUCCAACAGGCAGCAAGAGGAGCCGAUCGCACCGGCAUGGCGUCACUAGAAGGACUAGACGGAGAGCGAUUCUCAAAAAUGGAGAGUGCAAUAUUCUCAAGUCCCGAAUCUCUCAGCGGCGUUUGAGAUUCCUGCAAGACAUGUUUACGACUUUAGUUGACGCACAAUGGCGGUGGACCCUCCUUGUUUUCACACUAUCGUUUAUACUGUCGUGGUUGGGCUUUGCGUUGAUCUGGUGGCUGAUAGCAUUCACACACGGCGACCUGGAACCGGACCACCUACCGCCAUUACAGGACUCUGCGAAUUGGAAGCCGUGCGUUUUUAACAUAAACGAUUUCACGUCGUGUUUCUUGUUCAGUAUCGAAACGCAGCACACCAUUGGCUACGGUGCCCGUACUACAACGGAAGAAUGUCCGGAGGCCAUUUUCAUAAUGUGCCUCCAAAGUAUCGUCGGUGUGAUGAUUCAGGCGUUCAUGGUCGGUAUCGUGUUCGCAAAGAUGACAAGACCUAAGCAUAGAACGCAGACGUUACUGUUCUCGAAGUAUGCAGUCGUGUGUCAAAGAGAUGGCGAGUUAAGUUUAAUGUUCCGAGUGGGCGACUUGAGGAAAUCGCACAUAAUAGGGGCGAGCGUGAGAGCGCAGUUGAUUCGAUCGCGGACGACUAAGGAAGGAGAGGUAUUGUCGCAUUAUCAAACCGAAUUAGAACUCAACGCAGAUGGAUGUGACAGCAAUCUUUUCUUCAUCUGGCCUAUUACGAUGGUACAUAGAAUAAAUCGCGACAGCCCCUUCUACGGAGUGUCAGCGGCGGACGUACUACAAGAAAGAUUCGAAAUAGUAGUUAUAUUGGAAGGAACAAUUGAAUCGACGGGUCAAACCACACAGGCGCGCUCCAGUUACACAACCAGUGAAAUUAUGUGGGGGCAUAGGUUCGUUCCGCUUGUGACGUACAACCGUGAACGACAAGGAUAUCAAGUGGAUUAUUCUAAAUUUGACGAGACGACCCAGGUGGACACUCCGCUCUGUUCAGCAAAAGAGCUAGACGAAUUUUACGGCAGCCAGGCUGAUCGUAGAUCUAUCGGUUUUCAAUCACCAGUACCUGGUGAUUUCAUAUACCGCACUUCUCUAAACUCUGGAGGUGUACCUGCCUCUCCUAUCCUCAACAUAGCGGACAGACUUGUCGCCGACGCUAUCCGGAGAGCCAGCCUCACCAACAGACCGUCCACAGUGAAAUAUCCACCGGACUACUUCAAUGGCCCCGAAGACCAAUCGUCUUCUUCAAGUGAAGAGGAAAUAGAUAAGAAAAAGAAGAAAGGAAACAAGAAAAACGGAGAUAAACUUGUUUAGUUAAGCGUAAUAUCGUUUCGUCGACUCUUAAUCCGUAAGAUAUAAUAUGUAGUUUAUAAAUUGUACAUUCACAGUAACUUAAUUUUUAAUACGCUUUUAUUAGCUUCAGACGUAUGUAUGUUAGUAUAUAACGGAAUCUUUGAACAUGAUUUUGACCCCCUUCAAAACGUCGAAUUAACUCGUAAUUCGGUAUACUUGUUAAGGACCGAUGACAAUUCAAUAUUUAAAAAAAAAAUUGAAAAAGUUGAAAUUCAACUAAAAAUGAAAAAUAAAUAAUAGUUUAAAAAAAAAAAACGCUUUUAUAGAAAAUCCCACUAAAAAAUAGAAAAUAAAUCUUAAUAAAUUUGAAUUGAAAAUAGUGCAUGGUAUCAGUAGUUAUAAAUGUUUUAUGAACAGAUAUGAGUAGAAGGGUUAUUUUGAUAAUAUCCUGAAAAGCAACCCACGCUUUUUUUACAAUAAAAUAUUGUUUUCUUACACUAUUUUUAAUUCAAAUUUAUUAAGAUUUAUUUCAGUAAUAAUUUGCGAUAGGAAAUAGUACCUUUUAAUUUACUUCGGAUUGAUUGUAUUAGCGUGUCCGUAAGAGCGUCAUAUCAUUUUCAUAAGAAAGUGAAGCGUUUGUUAAAAAUCCUUGUAUUCUCUAUUUGUUAGUAGAAAAAUGUAACUCAAAUAAAAAAAAAAAAAAAAAACCAGAUUACUUCGUGUGUGUAAUAGUUUGUUACGGAUAUAAUUUUUCAUAAAUAAUAACAUAAUAACCAUGUAACGAUCAAUUAUGUCGGUUAUUGUGGCGAACCUUGAGGGAGUCCUGUGAAUAUGUCCAGCAGUGAAUAUUUGUGGGCUGGUGAUGAUAGUCAAUUAAAUGUCAAAAUCGCGUUAAUUUUGAUAAAUUGAAAGCUAUGUAGGUACUCAUUUUGUAUGUUCUAAAGAUACCUUAAGUUUAUGAGUGCUUCUAUGGUUAAUUUAAGGAAAGAAUUGAAUCUACAAAACUGACUAUCCACGCCAUCUGUUGUCAAGUAGAAGUAACUAUCAAAUAAAACUCAAAAACUUCGUGGGUAGCUAAUUAUCCUUACUUUACCCAAUACUUUUUAGUUCAAUAAAUAGGUUUAAAGUAAAUGCAGGAAUAAUACGAGAAUUUCGUAUUAAGCUUUAAAGUUUGCACAUUCGUCCUUAUACUCUAUAUCUGUAAGACAAUGUCUAUAAUAUCUAUAUUGUUUUUAUUAUGUAUAAAAUAAAGGGAAAUAAAACUCUUAUUGUUAAAA